AUGGACAUGUCGCACGGAGGCGCGAAGGGAGCAGAACCGAGUCGCUCAACGGACGCGUCGGUCCUAGGUCUGCGACGGAGGAAACGACAGUUGAGACAACAGCAGCAUCAUAAUCUGAAGGUGCCGACCAGGUAUCCUACCAUUCAACCAUACCCGAGUCCACUUGACCUGGGAUUUCUCCACGGCGCCGAUUGUGCCUCACUAGAAGUCUCACCUGUUUUGGGGCUUGAUCAACGAUCUAAUGAACAUUGCACUUCCUUCCAUCUCGGGAGUCACUUAUCAGACCAGAUUAAGGAUCCUGAGCAACUCACGAUAGAAUCAGAUACUGCACUGAUCGCGCAAGCUGCCGGAGAGGUGGCGCCACCACCCCUGGCGAACCUGUAUCAAAAUAGUCCCCAGUUUGCGCAGAUGUCGCUUUUCCAGGCGUGGGUUUUUCAGUUAUUCCUGCUUCUUAUUUUGUUCUCCCUUUUAUCGCCCCGCUACCAUGACCAAUGCCCUAAAGCUCUACUGGAGGCCAUCUCUCACCCAUCAAUUCCCCCGCAUUUACAGGCCACGCUUCCCCAAGUGCUGUUUCCACAUCGCCCUAUUCUGGACCUGCUGCCGUGGCCCGGUUUGAGGGUACACGCCAUCAUGCUGGCCGCGACAGUGCCGAUGUUACACGAUGCACUCGACUUCAAAAAGGAUAUUAUCGAAGGGGGCCUUGUCUGCUCCCCACCCCGCCGCGGCGCGGGGGCGCUACGCUGGGAGGCCGCCGCCAUGGGAUCGGCGUAG